AUGAAACACAAAUAACCGAGGGCCAUGAACGCAUUUUUGCAUUCACUGCGCAUGACAGUUAGCGGCGUUUUCCGGUCGGCGAUCGACACACAGCAGAGAUGUCUGCCUCACUGGGUCAGCGCCUUCUCUACUGCUACUCCAAGACAGGCUCGUUUGGGUGCACUAGUGUACGUCCCUUCAGCGUUGGUGUGCAACGUAGUGGCUUCAAGUAUGUAAAUGCUGUGGAGCCGCAGACAGACCUCAAGUCCAUCACUGACCGUGCUGCAACGACUCUCCUAUGGACCGAACUCUUCAGAGGAUUGGGUAUGACCAUGAGUUACCUCUUCCGUGAACCGGCAACCAUCAACUAUCCCUUUGAGAAGGGUCCCCUCUCACCUCGCUUCCGUGGAGAGCACGCCCUCCGUCGCUACCCCAGCGGGGAGGAGCGCUGCAUUGCUUGCAAGCUCUGCGAGGCCAUCUGCCCCGCUCAGGCCAUCACCAUUGAGGCUGAGACUCGAGCUGACGGCAGCAGGAGGACCACGCGCUAUGACAUUGAUAUGACCAAGUGCAUCUACUGUGGCUUCUGCCAGGAAGCCUGCCCUGUGGAUGCCAUUGUUGAGGGUCCGAACUUUGAGUUUUCAACUGAAACCCAUGAGGAGCUUCUGUACAACAAGGAGAAGCUGCUUAACAAUGGAGACAAAUGGGAGGCUGAGAUUGCAGCCAACAUCCAAGCAGACUACCUCUACAGAUAGACUGCUCGGGAGUGCUGCCAGGCCAAACUGUGCAUAUGUGUCCACCUUGAAAAUAUCGUUUAUCCUCCAGUGCAUCAGAGUUCAGAGUUUCAUCAUAAUUUUUUCUCACAAACAAGGACUUAAGUCUAGCUAUAGUGUCUCCACACGCUUCCACCCACAUAGAUAAAUAAAUUAUUGUAUUUGUUUUACAGUCAGGACUUUGAGGCACCGUUCUGUUUGUAUUUUUCUUGAUGCAAUUAAAAUCUUGAAAUAAAGUCGUUUUUCCAAAAUUUCA